AUGAGAAAGUGUAAAGUUUUCGUUGGUAAUUCACAUCCUGAAUUAGGUCAAUUAGUUUGUGCUAAAUUAGGUGUUGAACCUGCUCCAUGUUCAAUGAAGAAAUUCUCAAAUGGUGAAACUUCAGUUCAAAUUGGUGUAUCUGUUCGUGAUGAAGAUGUUUAUAUCAUUCAAAGUGGUUCAGGUACUGUCAAUGAUCAUAUUAUGGAAUUAUUAAUUUUAGUUUCUGCAUGUAGAGGUGGUUCUGCAAAAAAAAUUACUGCUGUUUUACCUCAAUUCCCAUAUUCAAAGCAAUCUAAAAUGAAAAAACAUAGAGGUGCUAUUACAGCUAGAAUGUUGGCUAAUUUACUUAUAAUGGCUGGUGCUGAUCAUGUCAUUUCUAUGGAUUUACAUGCUUCUCAAAUGCAAGGGUUUUUCUCAAAACCUGUUGAUAAUUUAUAUGGUGGUCCAAGUUUAGCUAAAUGGAUUAGAGAAAAUGUUGAAGAUUAUAAAGAUGCUGUUGUUGUCUCCAAGAACCCAGGUGGUACUAAAAGGGUCACUGCUUUAGCUGAUGCUUUAAAAAUAAAUUUUGCAAUGAUUCAUACUGAUCGUCGUCGUAAUGCUGACAUAUAUUCACAAAAUAAAUCACAAGCUCAAUUAAAACAAAGAAAACAAAGUAUGUCAAGAAGAAGACCAGUAUUGAACAAAAAUGAUGAAGAUGAUGAAGAAGAAGAAAACAUCAUCUUAUCAAACGGUUUACAAACUGCUCGUAUUGUUCAAGGUCAUGUUGUUGAUGAUGAUUUUGUUCCAGAAUCUUCUGCCCCAGAAUCUGUAAUUUCAGAUACUGGUAGCAUUCCAAAUGAUCAAACUUCUUAUGCUUUAGGUGGUACUUAUGAUGCCGCUGAUUCUGAUGAAGAUGAUGAACCAGCUUCAGUAUCACAAGAAAAAUUAAUUACAUUAGUUGGUAAUGUUAAAGAUCGUUCUGCAAUCAUUUUAGAUGAUAUGAUUGAUAGACCAGGUUCUUUCAUUUCUGCAGCUGAACAUUGUCGUUUGAACUGUGGUGCUAACAAAGUUUAUGUUGUUGCUACUCAUGGUAUUUUCAUUGAUGAUUGUUUAGAAGAAUUAAAUGCUUCACCAUAUAUUGAUCAAAUUGUUGUUACAAAUACUUAUCCAUUAAGUGAAGAAAAAAAGAAGACUGAAAAAUUGGUUACUAUUGAUGUUGCUCCAAUCUUUGCUGAAUGUAUUCGUCGUGAUCAUUACGGUGAAAGUAUAUCUGUCUUGUUUGAUUCAUUAGCAAGUUUAUAA